CAGGCGGCGCAGGCCCCUCAGGCCCCUCAGGCCCCGCGGUUUCCCUCAGGACCGGCCUCCGCCGCCAUCCUUCCCGGCCUCCGCCGCCGCCAUCCCUCCCGGCCUCCGCCCUCCCCUCUCUCCGCCCCCGAGGAAGUCGGGCGGAAACCGGGAGAUGAAAUGACAACUUUAACCCUGCAGAAAGCCAUUGAUUUGGUGACCAAAGCUACUGAAGAGGAUAAAGCCAAGAACUAUGAAGAGGCACUAAGACUCUACCAGCAUGCAGUGGAGUACUUCCUACAUGCCAUCAAAUAUGAGGCGCACAGUGACAAAGCAAAGGAGAGCAUCCGAGGAAAGUGCAUGCAGUACCUCGACCGGGCGGAGAAGCUGAAGGACUAUUUACGAAGUAAAGACAAACAAAGCAAGAAGCCGGUCAAAGAGUCCCAGAAUGACAACAAAGGAAGCGACAGUGACAGCGAAGGGGAGAAUCCCGAGAAAAAGAAACUCCAAGAGCAGUUAAUGGGUGCCAUUGUGAUGGAGAAGCCCAACAUCCGGUGGAGUGAUGUGGCCGGCCUGGAGGGAGCCAAGGAAGCCCUCAAAGAGGCGGUCAUCUUGCCUAUUAAGUUCCCACACUUGUUCACAGGCAAGCGUACCCCUUGGCGAGGGAUCCUGCUCUUUGGGCCCCCAGGCACGGGGAAGUCUUACUUGGCAAAGGCUGUGGCAACAGAAGCCAACAACUCCACCUUCUUUUCUGUAUCCUCCUCAGAUCUCAUGUCCAAGUGGCUGGGAGAGAGUGAGAAGCUAGUAAAGAAUCUGUUUGAGCUGGCCAGGCAGCACAAACCCUCUAUCAUUUUCAUCGACGAAGUGGAUUCCCUAUGUGGGUCCCGGAAUGAAAACGAGAGCGAAGCAGCCCGGAGGAUCAAAACCGAAUUCUUGGUGCAGAUGCAAGGGGUGGGGAAUAACAACGAUGGGACCCUAGUGCUAGGUGCCACAAACAUCCCGUGGGUUUUGGAUUCAGCUAUUAGAAGGAGGUUUGAGAAGCGAAUUUACAUCCCGCUACCUGAGGAGGCAGCCCGGACGCAGAUGUUCCGGCUGCACCUGGGGAACACCCCCCACAGCCUCUCGGAGGCAAACAUCCACGAGCUGGCCCGCAGGACCGAAGGUUACUCAGGUGCAGACAUCAGCAUCAUUGUUCGGGAUUCCCUUAUGCAGCCUGUUCGCAAAGUGCAAUCAGCCACGCACUUCAAAAAGGUCAGAGGUCCUUCUCGUACCAAUCCUGGCAUCAUUAUAGAUGACCUUCUGACACCAUGUUCACCAGGCGACCCAGAAGCCAUCGAGAUGACUUGGAUGGACGUGCCCAGUGACAAACUGCUGGAGCCUGUGGUGUGCAUGACAGAUAUGCUGCGGUCCCUGGUCACCACCCGUCCCACUGUAAAUGAUGAAGACCUGCUGAAAGUGAAAAAAUUCUCAGAGGACUUUGGACAAGAAGGUUAAAAUCUUCUCUUUUGGGAUGAAGGUGAGGGCAGGAGGUCGAUCAGGGCAUGUCCACAGCACCCUCAUGCUGGCCGGCAGACGGGGCCCAACAGGGCUAAUUCUAAAAUCACUACCAAAUCCACCUUACCGUCUGGCAACCAGCUGUGGGUGCAAGGAAGAAGUGCUUCCUCUAUAGCCUCAGAGACACUGUGGAGCCCAGCUGGCACAGGGGGAAGCCAGGUCCUACCUGCUUCCUCCCCCCAUGCUAUCUAGCUCCUUUUCCUGCUCUGCUUUGUCCUUUUUUUUUAAAAAAAAAACAAAACUACCCCCCCCCCCCAAAUUAAUGCUGCUUGGAUUUUUGUCUUGUUUAUAAAUAAAUAAAAUCACCCAAAAACCUCAAGGAGUGGAAACAGCCUUGUUCCUGAAGCAGUAAGCUCGGCCAGUCGCUGGGUUCCUCUGAGCUGUCUGCUAGGCUGCACCCUUCUUGCUUCACCCUGGUUGCGUCUUCCUCUUCAGGAAAAGUUCAGCUGUGUCCUUGUGGCUCCCAAUUCUAGGACUUCUAAAAUUAUGAACUUCUUGCUGGCACAGCUGCGAGGUUAGUUACAAGGUGCUGGGAGUGGGUGUUUCUCCUGAGGAAGGUGGGGAGACUUCAAGUGAAAUAGCUCAUCUUCCCCCUGUGCCUUGUGGGAACACCCAAAUUAUGACCUGCAAAUUGGUGUCUCAUGGGACCCUUUCCUGGAAAGGCAUCUAAUUAAUGUUCCCCCUUCUCACCCACUUGACUGUUGACCUUUCUCUAGCUCUUCCCCCAAGCCAUAAUUUGAUAUGCCUAGCUCCUGUGAAACUCAUCAUCUUCCAGUAAAAAUGUUCUUGAGUGAAGAAUGGGUGAGCUAACAAACCGUGGCACCUAGCUUCUGCAAUAAUAGUCCCACUUAUUCUCCAGAAAUCUACAGCUGUUCUCAGGUUUGUGUUUUGUGGUUCUUAACCCUGGGUUCUAAGAUCAGAGGCGUUUGGUUUGCGGCACUUGUUUAGUAGGAUUUGAACAGGAAUUAGUAGUUUCUUUUUACACUGUCUGGGUUAACUCACAAGCUAAAGAGCUGGCAAUCGUGGAAAGGCCUCGUGUGCUCUGAUGUCCAGACUGAAGAAAUAGAAUAACAGAGAUAACGUGAAUAAUCCAAAGAAAAGAAGGCAUAUUACAGCCUUAGUUCCCUGCAGUGUGGUGUUGCUUUAUUCUCCAUGCUUGAUAAAAGUAUCGAUUGAUGAAAAAGGGGAGUGGGGACAAUCCCAGGCCCAGUGGUUAACUCAGGAUUUAUUAUAUAUAUUUUCUUUUUAAUAAGAACUGUCCUUGACUCUGAAAUCAGCAGGGAACCCAUUCAGCUAAGAGAAUUCUCUUCACAGUAAAACGGGGUACCCGGUAUUGGUGACUGGUUAUUUUGUUCCCUUAAUCGCUGGCUUUUAUUUCUGUAAUGCUGGAACCAAGUUUGAAUAAUAGGACAUUAGUCUUUAAACUCAAACACUGUUCAGCUAACCACAACAGUAACUCUCCUUUUCCUGAGGCCUUUUCUCUCCCCGCUUUGGCCCUCUUUCCUAGGUCCAGAAGCCUCCCCUGCCUUCUAGUGCCCAUUUCUGCUGCCAUUCUUAGUACCCUCGCUACUUAGUACCCUUAUCGUCAGCUUGCCAUUGAAAAGAAUUAUGAAUUUCUGAAAUGCUGAUCUCGAUCCACAUUUAUUUAUUUCUCAGGGAAGGAGAUAGACAUUCUGACUCCUGUCUAAUUAGACUAAUUGAAGGUGGCAGAUAUGUUUUGCAGUCCCCUCCUGGGCUACCUUUUGAUGGUUUUAACUUAAUUCUGAGACCUUCAUUCCAAACUCAGUACCUCGGCAUCUCUAAAUUACUCUGCCCUGAGAAAGUAAACUAAUCAGAUCUUCCAGUUAACUUCUCCAAAAUUCUUUCUUACAAUUUGUACUCCAGGGAGGCAACUGUACGAAAUGAGGCAAAAAGAGGCAAUGUUCUUUUGCUUUUACAUUGCUGGGUGGUUCUAGUCAUUUUUCUAAGAAUGCGACUCUGGAUUGCUGAAAUUACUUGGGGAUCGAGAAAUUUCUCUGGGUGGCAUCACAGACAGCAGAGUAAACAAAGUGUGCUGGGUGCCGAUCACUCUACUAAAUGCCGGAAGGGAAUACAUAAGUGGGAAUUAUAGAUUCUCUGUGUCCAACCUGAUUAACUGGUAUCUACCCCAGUGCUCAGAACAGUGCUGGGCGCAUAGUAAGCGCUUACAAAUACUCUUGUUAUUAGAAGUGGUCCCUGGAACUCAGUGGGGAGGGCUCACAAUCUAAGAGUUUAAGUGGGGUGAAGGGACUGGCGAGGCAGAUAUAUUAGGAAUGGGGAAGACCACUGAAAUAGCACUUUAGGAGCAAGGCGCAGCCUCCCAAUCCCUCCUAAGGGGACCGGCAGAACAAUAAUAAUAAUUGUGGUUUUUGUAAAGUGCUUACUUUGGGCCGAGCAGUGUACUAAACGCUGGAAAUGCCAAGCACUGUACUAGGCACUGCUUCGUCGGAGGCAGAACAGCCGGUAUCUCUAGCUGUCUCAGUAUUCCAACCUUAAAUAAGACAUGUUUAGGAUCCCACAUUUGGAAAAUGGACAAAAACCUACUUACCUCAUCGGGGUUAGGAAGAUUCGUCGAUCCUGGUAAAAAUGCAAGCAGCUAAGUAUUAUACCACUACUGUUCAGAUAACAGGUAAUGAAACCACCGAGUUUAAUUUUAAGUUUUUGGAUGUCUUUGGAAUAAACUCCCUCUGAAUGUUUUCCAUCAACAAUAAAUAUUUAUUGAGCACAAA